AUGAAGGUUUCAUGGGUUUGUGCCCUGAUCUUCUUCUUCUUCAUCAUUGUGUGGAAUGAUUCUGUAGAGGGGCUUGGGGUGAAUUGGGGUACUCAAUCUGCCCAGUAUCUGCAUCCAAAAACAAUCGCACAACUCCUCAAAGACAACCAUAUUUACAAGAUCAAGCUCUUUGAUUCUGAUCCUUGGACGGUUAACUAUUUUGCCAACACUGGCAUUGAUGUUAUGCUUGGCAUCCCUAACAAUCACCUUGCUUAUUUGGCUGAUAGCUAUGGCAAUGCCAAGGAUUGGGUUAAACACAAUCUCACUAAAGCUUACAAUCAUGGUGUCAAAAUCAGCUAUGUUGCUGUUGGAAAUGAACCGUUCCUCAAAGCGUACAACGGAUCCCAUUUGAAGACGACUUUUCCAGCACUGAAGAACAUUCAGAAAGCCAUAGAUGAAGAAGCAGAGCUUCGCGGCAAUGUGAAGGCAACUAUCCCUCAAAACGGCGACGUUUAUGAGACGAGCACUGGACUCCCCUCCGGCGGCCAAUUCCGCUCCGAUAUCAGCGAAACUAUGGCCGAAAUCGUCGGGUUUUUGCACCAAAACAACGCUCCCUUCCUCGUCAACAUUUACCCCUUCCUUAGUCUGUAUCAGAAUCCUGGUUUCCCUGUCGAUUUUGCGUUCUUCGACGGCGGCGCUAAGCCUGUUGUGGACAAGGACGCUCAGUACCAGAACAUGUUUGAAGCAAAUCUGGAUACCUUAGUUUCGGCGUUGAAGAAAGCCGGAGUGUCUCAGCCGAAUAUUGUUAUCGGCGAAAUCGGAUGGCCGACGGACGGCGACGACCAGGCGACGGCGGCGCUGGCGGAGAAAUUCUGCAACGGAUUUUUGAAGAAAAUAGCUUCGGGUAAUGGAACUCCACUUUACCCUAAGAAAAUCGAAUAUUACCUCUUCAGCUUGACCGACGAGAACCAGAAAAGCGUCGCGCCGGGGGAUUUCGAGCGUCACUGGGGGAUUUUCCGGUACGACGGUCAGCCUAAGUUUCCGAUCGAUUUCAAAGGCGACGGGGAGGCGAAGAUGCCGGUGGCCGCGAAGGACGUCAAGUACAUGGAAUGGAAGUGGUGCGUCUUCAACACCGAUAUCAAAAUCAUGGACGGCGUUAAGGAGCGCGUCCAGUAUGCGUGCUCGAGUGGGGAUUGCACGGCGCUGAAUCACAACAGCAGCUGCAGCGCCAUGGGGACCACCGACAAGGCGGCGUACGCCUUCAAUUCGUACUACCAGAUGCAGAAUCAGGAUGUGCGUGCGUGUAAUUUCGACGGAAUGGCGAGCCUUGUGAACAGCAACGCCUCCCGCGACGGCUGCCUCUUCCCGCUCGCGCUGGAGAUCGCCGGAGGAUCGAAGGUGGGGAGUAUCGUCGGAGUUCGUUACGUCGUCGUUGCAUUGCUGUUGUAUGCUGCUUUUGCUUAGACGAUUUUGGA